ACAGUCCUGACUGUCCGUUGUAGUCUGUCCCUGUCCUUUUUGGUGGCAGAUCCAAACCAGACAGUGAUGGACGUGCAGACGACAGACUGGAGCGUUUGAAACAUAAACAAAUAAACAGAGCGCAGCAAAAUACCUUCUGCGGCGCCAUUUUACCUUUGACUACCUUCAGGAAGUCAACAAAGUAUCAGAUGGAUUUGCCCUUCGUUUGCUUGUCAGGUGGCCCAUUGAUCAGGAAAUGAUUGUGAAAAUAAAAUAUGGAGGCAUCCUUUUCACUGUUGCUAAGACAGCAUAGGUCAGUGUGACUUUUUAAGCAGAGGUCAGUGACCCUACUUGUUUGAAUCCACGUCUGGCUACCAUUUUAUUUAUGUGUACAGUGGUCACCCCAGUUUCAUCAACAUUCCAUGUCUUGUGGUCCAAACUCAUAUUUUAAAUAAAUGUCAGCUGACCUAGUAAUAUACCCAACAAGCUGUUUCUCCAAAUCAGUGACAAAAAUCUUCUGUGGUGUUGUAUAACCAACCAUUGUGGAUGGCAUGGCUGUCUCACUUUCUAUUUCUUCUCUGGUAAUCUUUUAACAGUAUCGAGUCAGAAAAUAGUAAUUUAUGUCAAAAUUCUUCGCCGCACUCCUGAUUGAUUUGUUCUGCGACUUCACCUGCCUGACUGACUGACUUCACGAUUAUGUCAGGUGGUGGGCUGCCAUGCUGUGUCUAUUGUUGAUAAUUUCUAACCAUUCCUUCCUGCCUUUCUUUCCUUCCUUCCUUCCUUCCUUUAAAAACACAUUUCCUCAUUGCAAUUACAAUUAUCAUGCUGUUCACUAUCUUUGUUGAAGCAAUGCUAUCCAUAACACCAGACUAAAUUAAUAACUAUAAGUAGUGUGUGUGUGUAGUAUAUCUACUACUUCAUACAGGGUCAUGAAGUAGUGUAGUCCAUGCCUGAUGCUGUAAACUACACUGUAGCUAUAAUAUUCUAAUCAUAGUAUAUAUUUUAACACUGUUGUCAGAGCUAAUUACACAAUAUCACAAUGUUUUUUGAGCAUUUUCUUUGUGUUUGUUAGUACUUGGGCAAGUUGUCACAUGUGAUGACUUGCCCCAAAGUCAUUGAGACAACUUCCCCCAAACUGACGUGUGCUAAUGUUGGCUAAAUCUCAAGGUUAACUCAACAUAGCACUUAAGCUAAAGUAUCAAAAGACACAUUAUUAUUAUUAUUGUCUCCUCUACUUUGUACAAAAUUAUAACUUUGAACAUUAAUACCUAACAGAGUUGCAUUGCAUAAAAUGUAAAAUACUAAUGUUUUACUUUUGAAGCGGAACAAUAAGAAAAUUGUGCUCACCUCAAAUAAGAGUGACCAUAACCACAUCUUAACAGGAAAUUUACCACAGAACAAGAAGACACCAAAUAGUGGAUAUUUAAUUUUUGAGAUAGAGCCUCUAGUGUUGAAGUUAUGAACAGUGUGACAAAUUACCCCGCUCUCCCCUAUUUCAAGGCAAUCUCCUGGCGCCCUCUGUGGUUUCACUGUUUUGUUGCAUAGCCCUCAAACUUUAUUAUGAAUAAUCGUCAUACACGGAUCCUAGUUUGGGUUGUUCGUCUGACGUCAUCCAAGUUGCUGCCAGCCAAACACCCCUUGUACCCGAAUUAACCCGUGCAAAAUAAACUGUUAAGAUACAUGGAUUGCUUCAAAGUCUGUCGCAAUAAAUGUUUAACAGCUUCUCGUGACCUCAAACUUCGGGCGGGGCCGGACAUUUCAGAUAGUCGUCGAGACCUAUACGUCAAUACUUUAUGUUGUGUGGCCACAAGUAGGUCCAUACAUCAAAAAUGUCUCCGAUAAAGGACUUCAGUCUGACUUAUGAAGCUCUCAAUGAAGAGGACACCUUUUCUGACGGAGAUACUGUGACCGGCACAGUCGCUUUCGCUUUGACAAAAGAGACCAAAGUGAAGAGUCUUUUCGUGAAAGUCAAAGGGGACGCGAACGUGCACUGGACAGAGGGAAGUGGCGAUGACGAGAGAUCGUACAGUGCGCACAGGAGAUACUUCAAACUCAAGGAAUACUUAGUUGCAGAAAAGGAUAAAGGCGCUGUACUUUCCCAAGGAUUUCAUUGCUAUAAGUUCAGGUUUAAUAUCCCACAGGGGGACAUGCCGUCAUCCUUCAAGGGGUUUCAUGGAAAAAUUGUCUACACGCUUGAAGCAAAGAUGGUCAGGAGCUGGCGGCGGACCUCAGGAGUACAAAAGGAGCUCAAUUUUGUGACAAAAUCCUUUCCACACCCUGGCCAAGCAAUGUGUCCCCAGUCUGGUUCAGUGGAUAAAGAGAUGGGGGUAUUCUCCAAAGGACAGGUCCAAAUGUCUGCUACUGUUAACAGAAAGGUUUGCACUCCAGGUGACACUUUAUCUGUUGUUGCCAAAAUCUGCAACUCCUCGUCCAAAGAAAUGAGGCCAAAAUUCAGUCUACAGCAGAAAACGGUGUACCGCGCCAGUGGCUCCACUAAUACCAGUGACAAAAGUCUUAUCAAAAUUGUUGGGGACACUAUCAAACUGAACUCAGAGGAAACUGUCUCCUGCCAAGUGAAGAUUCCUGCCGAUGUCAUUUACACUCUCAAUAAUUGUGAAAUCCUCUCAGUUGACUAUUACCUCAAGGUGUAUUUGGACAUCAAGUUUGCCAUUGACCCAAAGGUGGUGUUUCCACUGGUCAUCGCUCCUUCUAGCUUUGCUACCCUUCAUCCUGGUGAGGCUGUGGGGCCUUACCCAGCUGGGGCCCCAAGUUACAGCGACUUCCCUCCACCUGCCUUCCCCGUUGGACCUUAUCCUGUACCCGCAGGCCCAGGUGCUUAUGGAUACCCAGUACCAGAUCCCACUCAACCUGCAAACACAACAAGUGGCUAUAAUAGUCAGUGGCCACAACAAGCUGCUCCAUAUGGUUUUCCAACUACAGCUUUCCCAUCAUCUUCAGUGCAGCAUCAAGCCCCUACUGCUCCACCUCUGAUUCAGCAGGAAGAAGAACUUCCAACCUAUACGUCGCUUUUCCCCCCUUCUCAUUAUGACACUUUCGGUAGAACUGGGUCAGAUCCCAAAAGCUGAGCUUCCAGAAGAACUCAAAUAAUCUUGAAAUACUGACAGAUGACUGCAUUUUAACUCUUUGUAAUGCAGUAAAGUAUUUGCUGUUUAUUAUUAUUUACUGUAUUCGGGCGAAUACAGUUAGCCUACUGAAAAAUAUUUCAUAUGUACAAAGUGUGUAUGAAUGAAGUACCAACAUGACCUGUGUUCACUUGCUUACUUUUAAAAUUCAAAUGUUUAUUCCUACAAGGCACAGCACAGCACACUAUUGUAUGGCAUUAACCUAACUAGUUUCCUUCUCUAUGCAAGCUUAAAGUUGACCAAGGUGGAAACCAACGGAAAUGGUUUUCAGUGAUAAACAAAACCAUAAAUGAGAACAAGUUGCUGUUGCAGACAAAAAGGGGAACUAUUUUGUUAUUUUUAUUGUUGGCUGUGAAAUGUUAAAUUUAUUGAAAUAAAAACUGAAAUUUCAUUCUACA